AUGACUGCCUCCCCAACAGAGUCGGUGAUAAACAAAGGACUGGAGGGCAACCAGCCAGGGCUCAGCAUGGCUCCUGGGAAAGUCGGAAGCCCAGUCUUGCUCUGCAAGGUGUGUGGAGAUACUAGCAGCGGGAAGCACUAUGGCAUCUAUGCCUGCAAUGGCUGCAGUGGUUUCUUUAAGCGCAGUGUCCGCAGGAAGCUGAUCUACAGGUGCCAAGCUGGCACAGGGAUGUGUCCAGUGGACAAAGCACACAGGAACCAAUGCCAAGCCUGCCGCCUGAAGAAAUGCCUGCAGGCAGGAAUGAACAAGGAUGCUGUACAGAAUGAACGCCAGCCCCGCAGCACUGCACAGGUUCGUCUUGAUGCCAUCGACCUAGACUCCGAACAGCAACCUGAGCAUGUGGCUACCACACGGGAUGCUGCGCUACCUCCACUGCCACCACAACCACCCUGUCCUUCCCUACAGAGCCUCAGGGCCCCCAACUCCUGCUCCAUGACCGGGGCUUCAAGGGCCCGAGCCCCAACUCCCCCCAGCAACCAUCGUUUUAUGGCUAGCCUGAUGACCGCUGAGACGUGUGCCAAGUUGGAGCCAGAGGAUGCUGAUGAGAACAUUGAUGUAACUGGUAAUGAACCAGAACGCCCAGUGGGUGAGGCUCACAUCUCCCCAUACCCAGCCACCAGCCCUGAGAGCGUCUAUGAAACCUCUGCCCGACUCCUUUUCAUGGCUGUGAAAUGGGCAAAGAACCUACCUGUCUUCUCAAACCUACCUUUCCGAGACCAGGUGAUCUUACUGGAGGAAGCCUGGAGUGAGCUUUUCCUGCUCUGUGCCAUCCAGUGGUCUUUACCACUGGAAUCCUGCCCCCUGCUUUCUGUGUCAGAGCUGGCACCCACUCUCAAUGGAAAGCUUGUAUCUGGUGGAAUGGACAUUCGUGCCCUUCAAGAAGUAAUUGCACGCUUCAAAGCCCUAGGAGUGGACCCCACCGAGUUUGCCUGUAUGAAGGCCAUUGUACUCUUCAAACCAGAAACAAGAGGCCUGAAAGAUCCAGACCAGGUGGAGAAUUUGCAGGAUCAGUCUCAAGUGAUGCUGGGGCAGCAUAAUCAAAUACAUUACCCAAGCCAGCCUGUCAGGUUUGGGAAGCUCCUGCUGCUCCUGCCUUCCUUGAAAUUUAUUUCUUCAGACCGUAUCGAGCUGCUUUUUUUCCGCAGGACCAUCGGAAACACUCCUAUGGAGAAGCUGCUUUGUGACAUGUUCAAAAAUUGACACCCUCCUUGGAAUUAUUCUGAGACUUCAGACAAAUAUCUGUAUAGAAACCUGAAUUUGAAAGGCAGGUAGCAGGAGAAACAGAGCCACUGCCAUUGCUAACAAUGGGAUCCUAGGCUCAUGCACCACUCCCAGCCCUGAAGAUUACUAUGGACUUUUUCACAUGGGGGCAUAUGUGCCCCCAUCUCGAAAAUUAAGUGCUGGAAUUGCAGAGAAGCAAAUAUGUUUGUGAAUGGUUAUCAUACACACGCACAGCAAGAAUGUAAAUUCACAUUAAAGUGGGCCCAAUUCGCAUUGUAUCAUCAAAUGGGGGCAGACAAAUCCCCAUUGCCAACCCCAAAAUACCUUUUCUGUGCAUG